UAAGAAGAGAACAAGUAAGGACAAUGAGAGGAGUAAAAAAAUCUAUUUCAAGACGGAAACAAAUAGGAAACAGGAAACACACAAACAAUUGGGUGAGAAGGAACAGGAAACACAAGAAGAAUUGGGAGAGAAGGAACAGGAAACCCACGAAGAAGUGAACGAGGAGAAACAAGACAGCCAAAUUUUGAGCCCCAAUUACUCGAGCAACAGCUCAAAAAAGGACGCGGUUCCCGCACAGAAGGCUUCAGCACCAGCACCCCGACCAUUGGGCAGCGGGAUGUCUGUGGUUGGCAUUGACCUCGGCUUCCUCAACUGCUACAUCGCUGUAGCAAGGAGUGGCGGCAUCGAGACCAUCGCCAAUGAGUACAGCGACAGGUGUACCCCGGCCUGUAUAUCUUUGGGAUCAAGAACUCGAGCCAUUGGAAAUGCAGCUAAGAGCCAGAUAGUCACGAAUGUAAGAAAUACAAUUCAUGGCUUCAAAAAGCUUCACGGGCGAUCAUUUGAUGAUCCCAUUGUGCAAACCGAAAGGAUCAGGCUUCCUUAUGAACUGCAGAAGAUGCCUAAUGGAAGUGCAGGAGUUAAGGUGCGGUACCUAGAAGAAGAGAGACCUUUUGCAAUUGAGCAAGUAACUGGAAUGCUGUUGGCUAAACUUAAAGAGACUUCAGAAAAUGCUUUGAAGAAACCAGUGGCCGACUGUGUGAUUUCAAUUCCUAGCUUUUUCACUGAUGCUGAGAGAAGAUCUGUGAUGGCUGCAGCCCAGGUUGCAGGUUUAAAUUGUUUGAGGUUGAUGAAUGAAACUACUGCAGUUGCACUAGCAUAUGGAAUUUAUAAACAGGAUCUUCCCCCAUUAGAUGAGAAACCAAGAAAUGUAAUAUUUAUUGAUAUGGGACAUUCUGCUUACCAGGUCUCAGUUUGUGCUUUUAACAAAGGAAAACUUAAAGUCUUGGCUACCACCUUUGAUCCAUAUUUGGGUGGCAGGAACUUUGAUGAGGCUUUAGUAGACUACUUCUGUGAGGAGUUCAAGACCAAAUACAAGAUAAAUGUGAAAGAAAAUUCUCGGGCCUUGUUGCGUUUAUAUCAGGAAUGUGAAAAACUGAAGAAGCUAAUGAGUGCAAAUGCAUCAGAUCUUCCACUGAACAUUGAGUGUUUCAUGAAUGACCUUGAUGUUUCUAGUAAAAUGAACAGGGCCCAAUUUGAACAAUUAUGUGCUUCCCUCUUCACCAGGGUUGAGCCACCAUUAAAAGCAGUAAUGGAACAAGCUAACUUGCAACGUGAAGACAUAAGUAGUAUAGAAAUUGUAGGGGGAGCAACUCGAAUUCCUGCAGUGAAAGAACAAAUCACUAAAUUUUUUCUUAAAGACAUAAGUACCACAUUAAAUGCUGAUGAAGCUGUUGCAAGAGGAUGUGCAUUACAGUGUGCGAUUCUCUCACCAGCAUUUAAAGUGCGUGAAUUUUCUAUAACAGACCUUGUUCCCUAUUCAAUCACAUUAAGAUGGAAGACCUCUUUUGAAGAUGGAACUGGGGAAUGUGAAGUAUUCUGUAAGAACCAUCCUGCCCCAUUUUCAAAAGUCAUUACUUUCCACAAGAAGGAACCAUUUGAACUAGAAGCAUUUUAUACUAAUUUACAUGAAGUGCCUUAUCCUGAUCCAAGAAUUGGGAGCUUCACUAUUCAGAAUGUUUUUCCUCAGUCUGAUGGUGAUAGUUCCAAAGUGAAGGUUAAAGUUCGUGUUAACAUCCAUGGAAUCUUCAGUGUGGCCAGUGCAUCGGUAAUUGAGAAGCAAAAUGUGGAAGGGGAUCACAGUGAUGCUCCUAUGGAGACAGAAACUUCACUUAAGAAUGAAAGCAAAGAUGAUGUGGAUAAAAUGCAAGUUGACCAAGAAGAAGGAGGACAUCAAAAAUGUCAUGCUGAACACACCCCAGAAGAGGAAAUCGAUCAUACAGGAACCAAAACAAAGUCAGCUCCCUCAGACAAACAAGAUCGAUUAAACCAGACUAUUAAAAAAGGAAAAGUCAAGAGUAUUGAUCUGCCUAUUCAGAGUAGCCUGUGUAGACAAUUGGGCCAAGAUCUUCUCAACAGCUACAUUGAAAAUGAGGGGAAGAUGAUAAUGCAAGAUAAAUUAGAGAAAGAAAGAAAUGAUGCUAAGAAUGCCGUUGAAGAAUAUGUAUAUGAUUUUAGAGACAAGCUGGGCACGGUCUAUGAAAAAUUCAUCACUCAAGAAGACUUGAAUAAACUGUCUGCAAUAUUGGAAGACACAGAAAAUUGGCUUUAUGAAGAAGGAGAAGACCAACCUAAACAAAUUUAUGUGGAUAAGCUUCAAGAACUAAAGAAAUAUGGCCAGCCUAUUCAAAUGAGGUACAUGGAACAUGAAGAGAGACCAAAAGCUUUAAACGACUUGGGAAAAAAGAUUCAACUUGUUAUGAAAGUGAUAGAAGCAUACAGAAACAAGGAUGAAAGAUACGAUCAUUUGGAUCCUGCUGAUGUGGAAAAAGUUGAAAAAUAUAUCAGUGAAGCCAUGAGUUGGCUGAACAGUAAGAUGAAUGCACAGAACAAACUAAGUCUCACUCAAGAUCCUGUGGUGAAAGUUUCAGAAAUAGUUGCAAAGUCAAAGGAACUGGAUAAUUUCUGUAACCCCAUCAUUUACAAGCCCAAACCGAAAGUAGAGGUUGCUGAAGACAAAGCAAAAGCUAAUAGUGAACACAAUGGACCAAUGGAUGGACAGAGUGGGACUGAAACUAAACCAGAUACAACAAAAGACAGCUCCCAGCAUACUAAAUCUUCUGGAGAGAUGGAAGUGGACUAAGUCUUAAAUUUAUCUUCACAUAAUUCAAACAGUGCAAGCAACCACAAGGUCCAUUCUUCCUUUUACAUGUGGUACCCACAACAUAUGUUCAGUUGUUCUUAACCACUUUUUGUCAUUUGUUUUUUGGAGUAGUUUUGAAAAGUGUUUUAUAUUGAGUGCACCUCUGUUCAUUUCCAUUGCUGCUUAUGUGAAGCUUUAGCUGAGUAUAGAUUACAAGUCAGUUUUAGCUUUCCUAAUACAUGUUAUAUCAAACAUGGAGACUGAUGCGUAUUUGGCAACAAUCUACCUUAUUUAAAGCUUCUACUUGGAUAAACCUCAGCUCCUGUAUUCAGGAGAGGAUACUGUAUUGCACUAUUGUUGCAGAAGCAUAGAUUUAAUUGCAUCAUCAUUUUGAAAAACAUUGCAAUUGAUGUGGUUUAAAGCCACCGAGGCACUGACUUUUUUUCUAGUUAUUGUAGUUAGAAUUUAAAUAUGAAAACAGAUAAUCUCAUUGGUGUGCCAUGAGAACUCCAAAGUAUUGUCAUCACAUAAAUGAAAUAAAUCACAUGUUGAAAGGGAAAACACAAUUUUUAUGUUACGGUGACACCAGCAGUUUGCAUCUUUUAUUAGUAAUGUGGAUUGAUGUUUUCUCAGAGUAAUUCAGUGUCAUUUUCACUUGAAACUUCUGAUCUACUUGUCCUGAAGACCAGCUGCUGCUAAAGUAAAUACUAGCCUAAAGAUAAGAAGCAUUUUUGAUGAAAAUACCUUCAUGUUAAGGGGGAAAUGCUGUUGACCUACUCAGACAUGCAUCUGUGAUGUUGAUAGCCUUGUUUCAGUUUUAAUAGUUGUUUUGGUUUUCUUAAUUGAUUUUGUUAAUAACACAGGGUAGGGAGAAAUGGCACAAUGUGUAUUGCAUAAUAUACAUUUAUCACUGAUUUACUUAAUGUUAAGAAAUAGAUAAACACUAUUAAAUAAGCGGUAAUACUUGAAAAGAAGUACUUCUACCGUAAGUCUUAGGAAAUAAUGCUUGUAAUAAACUUAACUAUGUUACAUAUCAACAGGCAAAAUAUAGAAUGUUACAUAAGUGUAAUAUGAUAUGAUGUGAUUAAAUUAUAGUUCCUGCUGUUACAUUA